AUCGCUGUGGCAGACGGAUCGAGAGGGGACGAGGACGGGGGAUGGGGUGCGAUCAAGUCGAAGCCGGCAGGUGGCGGGAAGAAGCGUAAGACGGAGAGGGAGGAGAGGCUGAUCAACGUCAACUUCAACGCGAAGAUGUCCAACAUCAUCGGAACGUGCAAGGACUACUUCUAUCAGCCCGGCUUCCAGUCCCUGUUGGACGUGCAGAAGGACUUCUUGGCCGUGGCGAACGGCGUCAUCGACCUUGCGGACCGGCGAGCUGCUUCCGCAUCACCCUCGGGUGAGGGAUGGAUCUGUGCCCGUGUGCAAAAAAACGCAGAUCAGUUAAGGGACUUCGGCAGAAAGUUUGUGUUUAUGGAGGCAUUGGCCAAGUCCACCGGAGUCAGGUCGAAAACAGUUCGCAGUUCAUGAACACUCGGGUGAUCGACUGGGCGUACCCUCGCGCUGGAUCGUUGGUUCCAAGGAGCGAGAUGGUGCGCUUCUUGGAGGACAUCAUGCACGUUUCCGGAGAGGAUGGGCCGGCCGCUUUGGAGCACCUCCAGGUGCUGCUCGGGUACGGGCUGACCGGUCACACAAGCAAUCAGGUACUGCCGAUCUUUGUUGGCGAGGGCAGCGCGGGCAAGAGCCUGCUUCUCGCGCUGCUGCGCAAGCUCCUCGGCGCCGCCUUCAAGGAUGUUGGCAAGGAGAUUUUGGUGAGCUCAAAAGGGCAGCGAGCCGCCCACAAGGGGGCCGCUUCGCCGCUCGAAGCAGGGCUUGCCGGAGCGCUACUUGCGGCGGUCGAAGAGACCGAGAGGUCGGAUUCGCUGAACGAGGCCGGCAUGAAGAAGCUCACCGGCGGCGACGUCAUCACCGCUCGGCCUUUGUUCCGGGACUACGUCACCUUCACUUCGACCGUUCUGCUCAUCAUCUGCACGAACUACCUCCCGCGGACGGACAAGACCUGGUCCGUCGCCCUCCGGCGCCGUCUUCAGCUGGUUUGCUUCGUGCGGCGCUACUUCUCGCCCCACGAGAAGGGGUACGACCCGGCCAACCCGCUGCACGGGCUGGUGGACACGCGACUUCUCACCAAGCUGAGCACCUUGCAGAACAUGCAGGAGUUGCGGGCUUGGCUGGUCGCAGGAGCGGUCAAGUGGUACCAGAACGGGCAGCAGCUGUACCCCAUGCCGAUGCGGAGCAUGGACGCCCUGCAGGACUACGAAGAGGCCGCCGACGACUUCGACAACUUCGUCCAAAACAGCUGCGUCAAGGGCGAUGACCUCUUCAUCUCGACGAGCGAUGCCCUCAAGGCGUACAACGACCCGCAGAGGAUGGUGGGCAGCAAGUGCGUUGGCCAUAUCCCCUCGCUCGACACCAAGUCCCUGAAGUCGGCGAUGAACAACCACGGCUUCUCGGGUUCGGACAAGCCAAGCAAACUUGGCCUCGGCGUAAAGUAUUGCGGCAUAACGGAGCGAGGGUAUAAGGGCCUUGCGCUCAAGUUGGUAGAGGUUAAGAUGGAAUAAGGAGUAGGAGAGGAAUCAUUGACUUGCAUAUAGCCUGGAAGGAUCGACUAGAAUUGAUAGCACUAUGUGAGAUUUGACUAGGAUCAUCAUUGUUCUCCGCAGACGUUGCAUUUGUUUUGGUAUUGCCUUGCAUACAUACAUAUUGGCAUGUGGAUCCC